UCACAGAAAACUCGGAGGGUAUUAUCGAAGAGUUUAAAGUUUAACAAGUUGUACUUGUGUAGCAGCUUGUAAGACGGUCCGCAGAUCGUAAGGUAGAUAUUUCUUUCUUUGUGUCGGCUCGCGAAUACAAUAACAAACACUUAUUGUGUGAUUCAUAAUAUUAAAUACCCAUGCUGAUAAGUGUUGUUUUUUAUUUUAUUAAUAAAACAUGUGGUGGUGGGAACUAACUAGUUGUAUUUUUAAUUCAUUAACUUGUGUUUUAAACCUUUCCCAGUUCAGUCUAUUGUUUGUCACCCUAGUAUAACAUGGAAAAAUAAUUUCCCAAAAACAGAUGAAGUUUCUUCUUGUGGAAGAAGAUUGAAGAUAUAGCUACUAUGAGCUUAAGCGUAGAAACGAGUGGUCAAAAGAAUAUGAGCAAAUGUUUUGGAAACAAGUGAUAUCUAUUACUUGUGUGCAGACUGCAGUGAAAGGAUAUGAGUUUACCCAACUGAAAAGCGUUGAUACAUAAUUGACCCCAGAUGUGGUUAGACAUCUCAAAUCAUCCAAAUACCUAUUCAAAUGCACUGAAAAUCAUACUUGAACUUAUGAGACUAGCCGACAAGGCUUGCAAAAUGUUGGAUGAUCUGUUCUGACAAGGGAGGAAGCAAAUCAAAGUAUAUAAUUUAACGCUUUUCCAUGCAUUAUAGAACGGAAAUAAGAAAUUUUCCAAAGUUCAAGAAUUCAAGAGAAUAAAGAGAUUCAAAGAAACCAAGUGGUAAAUGACAAAAAGAAUCAAACUAAAAAUGGGACAUCAAUAUCGAUGCUACGAAAAAUGUGUGAUUGGUCGAUGAAAUAGGCUGCAUAACUGUUGAUGCACAUCAGCACAUCAUGAAAAUUAUUGAAGUGGAAUCACUGACACUCAGAUAGUCAGAUUUGGUGAGUCUCUGACUUUAGCCAAUCUAAUAGUAUCAAUCAGCGAAUGAAGAAGCGCAAAACAAGCAAAUCUCACUCUCUACUUCCACAUCUUUGAUUUUUGUACAUCCCCCUAUUGCUCACAUAUUAUACCUAAACUGCAUAUCAGCAUGUGCGCCACAUGGGCUAAGGGCCUUUAUGUGCUAUCCAUAUUUGAUGUUUUUGUAAGGGGAAACUAUGUGAAGGUAAAUACAAACUCUUUCUUUUUAUAAACAAAUAUUUAAACUAUAUAUUAUUUUAUUUUUUGAAACACAAUUAAACUUAUAUAUUAUAUAUAAAUCCAAAAAUUUCUAUAGGAAAGGAAUGGUCAGCCGUGGCUUUCGUUAAAGGGUAAAAUUUCGUAAUCAUUUUAGGUUUUUUAUUGCUUGUAAAAAGAUGUUAUAUAUAUAGCGAAGUUUCCUUUAACCAAUAAAAAGCUAUAUAGAGAAGUUUCACUCUCACACUUCACUAUGUAACACUCAUUUUUGGAAUUUAUUUAUUUUUUACUUAAAUCUAGUUUUUCUCUACAAAAACCUUUAUUUCUCAGAAUCAUAAACAACCUUCAUAGAUUCCUUCUGCAUUUCACAUUUGUUUCUUUUUUAAGGAUUUGAUUUGUCAUAAAGGCAUUUUCAUUGUGAUUAAAUGAUGAACAAGAGAUGUGAAUCUUAUCUUGAGGAAGAAACAUGAGAUCUUUGAGCAGUGUUGGACUUGCUCUAAGCAUAGUCUUUGGUUGUUUGCUACUAGCUCUUCUCGCUGAGCUCUACUACCUGCUCUGGUGCAAGAAAAGGAGGUCGACAACGACUAGACCUGAUAUCCAAAAUGACUAUUCUACCCCUGCAACAAGAGAGCUUCUCUUCAUCCUCUGUUGCAGCACCAACCCUUCUUCUUCCUCGUCUCCUCCUUCGUUCUCUAGCCCUAAACCCAUUGGAACUCAACAGCAAUGUCUUCUUCCUCAUGAAGGCGACGAAGGUGGGUUUGGGAACGUGGUGGGUCCAGGGCUAGUGCCGAGGUUCCUGUUCACUAUCGUGGAAGAAACAGUGGAGGAAAUGGAAUCCGAAGAUGGUGUUUUCACAAAAGGAAAGAGUUUGAAUGAUUUGUUUCUAAAUAUGGAAAGUGGUUCAACUCCUCCGUUUCUCACUCCUCGUGCUUCUCCUUCUCUGUUCACGCCUCCUUUCACUCCGUUAACGGAGUCUUGUAAUGGAAGAAAAGAAGAGGUCUUCUUCGAGUCAUCGACUGAUGCUGAGUUUAACAGGCUAGUGAGGUCAUCACCACAUUCACCAGCAUCAUCUUCAUCGCCAUUGCCGAGAUUCAAGUUCUUGAGAGACGCAGAGGAGAAGCUUUACAAGAGGAAAGUGACCGAGAUUUCAGAAGAAGCUGAGGAAGUCAGCUAGGGUUAAAUUGGUAAAAACAGAGUUUUAAGAGCCAGAUUGUUGAAGAUGAGGUUUUUCAUCAAGAACAUGACAAAAGGUGGUCCAAGAACUUAAAAGAGUUUCAAAUCUUUAUACAAUUGAAAUUUUUGCUAAUUUUUUUCUUUGGAUUUUAAUUGUCUUAGUAAAUUUGAUUUUAGCGUUUUGGCUGCUAUGCUUACCUUGUCAUCAGUAUUCUUUGGUCUGAAUUAUUUUGGCUCGUCGUUGGAUUAAGCCAGUUUUGUAAAUUUUCAGUGGAUUAAUAAUUUGUUUAGCCAA